GUAAAGGGCAGUGUUUCCUGCAGGCUGGGCUCAGCGGUUAGCUUGUGUUGUGAUGUUGCUGUAGGUGAUUAUUAAUCCUUAGCAGAGUUCUGUCAGUGCUGGGACUAUGUACGGAUAAAAUGGGGCCCAGUGGAGAUCUCUGUUCCUCCUCGGAUGUCUCUUCCAAAGGUUCCUGCUGGUUUCCUGCCUCGGAUCAGAGAGAAUAACAGAGAGAAGGAGAUGGAAAAGAUGGCUGCUCUCCACUCGUCACCAGCCUCCACUUUAACGCUCUCGCAGAGAUACUGAAGGACGUGAAGGGUCCUCUGGCUUUCAGGAAAGGGAGUGAGAGAAGAAGAAAGCACCCACAGCUCUGAGCCACUCCUCGUAAAGCAGAGGAAAUGGCUUUCUUGGACAAUCCAGCCAUUAUUCUGGCCCACAUCAGGCAGUCUCAUGUGACCAGCGACGACACGGGGAUGUGUGAGAUGGUCCUGAUCGACCAGGAUGUGGAUCUGGAGAAGUGCCAGCUGGCUCUGGUGCCCGGCAGCAGCUGUGGGUCGACGGGUUCGGGUUCUCUGAGCGAGGGGGGUACCAGUGUGACCGACAAUCACGCCUGCGACCUCUCCCAGUCCAUGGACAUCACCUCCAGCUGGGACUUUGGCAUCCGGCGGCGCUCAAACACAGCCCAAAGACUGGAAAGGUUAAGGAAGGAACGGCAGAACCAAAUCAAAUGUAAAAAUAUUCAGUGGAAAGAGAGGACAUCCUCCCAGUCAGUGGAGGAUCUGGGGUCUCUGUUUGAAAAACGGGAGAUAAAGGACCGGCCGAGGACUUCAGGAACCAAAUCCACGCUUUCCCUGAGACUGGAGCAGUGUCCUCAGCAGCUCAACAACCCCUUCAACGAAUACUCCAAGUUUGACGGAAAGGGCCACAUCGGAACCACGGCUACCAAGAAGAUCGACGUCUACCUCUCCAUGCAGAUGGCUCAGGAGAAACUUCAUCCCAUGACGGUGGUGACCAUCGCCAACGCCCGCGUCCACGACCUCAUCGGACUCAUCUGCUGGCAGUACACGAGCGAGGGGCGAGAACCCAAACUCAACGAGAAUGUGAACGCGUACUGCCUCCACAUCGCCGAGGACGACGGCGAGGUCGACACGGAUUUUCCUCCUCUGGACUCCAACGAGCCGAUCCACAAGUUUGGCUUCAGCACGCUGGCCCUGGUGGAGAAAUACUCGUCCCCGGGUCUGGCCUCCAGACAGUCGCUGUUUGUCAGAAUAAACGCUGCUCAUGGUUUCUCUCUGAUCCCCGUGGACAGUCUGAAGGUCACCAUGAAGGAAAUCCUCCAGAAAGCUCUGAAGAAGAGGAAAGGCUCCCAGAAAGGCUCAGGUCCGAUGUACCGACUGGAGAAGCAGACGGAGCCAAACGUCGCCGUAGACCUGGACUCCACACUCGAGACUCAGAGCACCUUAGAGUUUUGUCUGGUCAGAGAGAACAGCUCCAGAGGUGAGGAGAGCUCAGAAGAAGACCCUCCCAUCGACAUCACCACGGUCCAGGACAUGCUGAGCAGUCACCACUACAAGUCCUUCAAGAUCAGCAUGAUCCACAAGCUGCGCUUCACCACGGACGUCCAGCUAGGCAUUUCAGGAGAGAAAGUGGAGAUUGAUCCUGUCACCAAUCAGAAGGCCAGUACCAAGUUCUGGAUCCGACAGAAACCGAUCUCCAUCGACUCUGACCACCUCUGUGCCUGUGACCUCGUCGAGGAGAGGAGCCCGAGUCAUGCCAUUUUCAAACUCACCUAUCUCAGUAACCAUGACUACAAGCCUCUCUACUUUGAGUCUGAUGCUGCGACGGUCAACGAGAUCGUGCUGAAGGUGAACUACAUCCUGGAGUCCCGGGCCAGCUCCUCUCGGGCCGACUACUUCGCCCAGAAACAGAGAAAACUGAGCCGCAGGACCAGCUUCAGUUUCCAGAAGGAGAAGAAGACGGGUCAGUAGACAGGCCGAAGACGCUCGCACGCCGUCUGUCCGUUUGAUUUAAACGCCGAUGGACGCUUAAAGGGGCCGAACGUCUCACUCACAGAGAGCAUCGGGCUAACGGAGGAGACUGACGGAGGGUCGGAGCGAGAGAGAGCGGGUAACGGAGCUAAAAGAGACGCCGCGCAAACGCCUCAAAGAAGAGUCACCGAGUGAAGACGAGCCACGGCCAGCUCCUCGUCCUUUUACGGAGACGGAGAAAGACUUUACAGAAAAAGUUGGGACGCUUUUGAGCUGCCUGUCAGCGUCAGUUCUUCAUUCACUGCCUCCAUGAUCAGGAUGGAUCAUUCAGCUUCUUCUGCUCCGCUCUGUUCAUCCAAUCAAAGCUACAUGCUAAUCUCCCGCUUCUGUCCGCCAUCUUUAACAGAUUUAACACAAACUGUCACAUUUUUAAUGUCUGUAAAUAAAGAUUUUACAUUCAGGAAAUUAAAUAAUGAUCAGAAAAC